GAUCACGUGUUUUCGAUGCGGUGGAGCCGCGGGUGAAGGUAUCAGAUUAUUUGCUCAGCUUUGAGGUUAUGUCAAGUCGCUCGGCUCGUUGGUGGGGUCGUUUGACGAUCGGAGUGUGAUUCCAGUGUCUCGCGGGUCGGGAUGAGCCGGAUGAUGGUGCGGCGGACUCGGUUGUGCGCGGGUCAUGGCUUCGAAUCCCGCGGUUGAGUCCGGCGAGGAGGGCGCGGGUGGCUCCUCGUCCUCGGACUACGAGGAGGACUGCUACUUCGCCUUCGUCGAGAAAUCCGAGACCCCGAGCUUCGACAUCGACGACCCGGAGUGGGUGGACGACGACGACGGCGACGCCUUCGAGAUCGUCGACGGGGACGUGACGUGCGUCGGUGACGUCAUCGACCCGCAGCUCGGGGAGACGUGCCUCGUCGAGGCCGAGUUCUACAACCAGAAGCCUGGUCGCGGGAAGCGGAAACCCGUCAAAGGCGUCAGGGUCAAGUUUCAGGAUCUCUCCAAGCCCUACGUCGCCCGCGUCACCAACCAAACCAACUACCACCGCUUCCUUCAGCUAGUCAAAGGUGAAGAACCACCCACAGACAUGCCCAACAACACAGAGCAGAUCCCAGAAGAGUUGAAAGGGCUGAAUCCUGAAGAACAAGAAAAACAAAAGGAAAUUUGGGCUAAAGAACUUGCCACAGUAAGUGUCCUUUAUUAUCUCAUUCCCUCUGUUGUUGCUAAACUUAAAGCUCUAGGUGGAUACGGGCCGCCUCCAGAAUUUGAGGGACUGAGCAAGGAAGAGCAAGAAGCACUGCAAGAAGAAUGGUCAAAAGAGCUUAUGACACUUGAAGAAGAAGUACAGACCUUACAAGAUGUUUGGGCCUCGAAAACAGAGAGAAUUCGGGAAUUGAAGGCAAAAUUAGGUUACAGCGUGUGGAGUGACUUGACAAGUCAGAUGAACAAAGGCAUCUCGAAUGUUAAAGAGUCUCAUGUUUAUCAGAAGACAGAAUCUGUCAUCAAGUCAACGGCUGAAAAAACUACCUCACUUUUGGGUGGAUUCGGAUCUGGCUUCACCUCUGGUAUUUCAUCUAAACUGGGCGCGAUAAAAAAUUCUGAAUCCUUCCGCUCGUUUGAAGAAAAAGUUGGUGGCGUCUACGAAAAUGUGAAGACUAAAGUAUCAACAUCCAGGUCAAGUUCAAUGCAAAGCUUUGAUGAUGCCCUUCGUGAAGCGGAAGCAGCUAUCAAAAAAGGUGGCUCCGGAGCAACAACCCCAAUUCCUGAAGAACGGCCAUAAUGUGAUGAUAUUUGAUGAAAAGGAUUUCCAAGUGUUACUUACCAUACUGUCAGUCUGUUAAAAUUGUCUAAUCUGAACUUUCCCGUCUAUCCUUUCUUCACUUCUGAUUCUUUGUGAUAGUUAUUGUUAAAAUAUCCUUUCUGUGUCGCUAUACAAUAUCCAUGAGACUUAUUUAUUCCUAUUCUCUUCUAAUCUACAAAUCAUUGAAUUUUUAAUCACCGUGUAGCCUUCAAAUGAGCAUUUUGAUUCCUUCACUAUUUUCAAAAUCGUAAAAAAGGGUAUUUUCUUUUGUAUUACGGCAUGAGUCAUCGUUAAAUUUGCAAGCCAAUGAUUAAUAUUGACGUUGAUGGUGAAAAUGUCCUUCUUUGAUUAUUUUCUUUUGUUUACACUUCACUGAGCUUUUUUUUUAUUACUUUUGGCAUUGCUUUUAAAGUAAAAUAAAAAGAAGAAGAAAAAGAAAUUGAAGGCAGAGAUGAUAACAAUGUGGGUUUUAAAUCAAUUUUAAUUAGAACACAAUUAAGAUGUAACUCCGUUUUUUUCUCACAGUAUUUUGCAGGAACAUUCCAGCUCUUAGAGUUUUGAUGUCCAAAUCAAAACAUCUUAAUUUGAUAAAACUUUUUUCUUUUCUUUCAUCCAUGCUCAUGCCUAAGUUCAACUACAAGUAUGAAUAAUUAUUGGUGUUUAAGGAUUUUUAACUAUUAUUUUUUGUACAAAAUUAAUUUUUUUUUUGUUAUGUUAAUUGGCCAAACCAAAUGUUAUUUAUUUGUGAAAAAAAAAAUCUACGAAUAUUCACACUAGGUUUUUGUCACGAUCAUACUUCACAAGUGCAAUGAAUGUGAAAAAAAAUUAGAAGAAAAACCUGCAAAGACAAGCUGAACAGCAUUGUCAUGGUUCUGUAUUGAUAUUUUAUUGAGCUGUACUUGUGUAAAAUGUACUGUUGUAUAAAUUAAAUUUACUGCUACAUAUUUAAUUUUAUGAAGGUUUCAAUAAAUUACUUUCAAUAAAAUAAGCAUGAA